AUGUCUCCUGGAGAGAAGACCGUGAAUGAGGCUGCUGUGAUGCGAUUCCUCGCGAAGAGUACUAUAGUCCCCGUCACUUUCGUUCUUCACUCGGACACAAAAGACAUGCACGACGCUCUCGGUAUACAAGGCAUUUCCCAAAGAGGUAUUCAGCCCUCAGACCCAAUCAUCGACGAAGGUAGAUUCGAGAAGCUAUAUGCCAGCUGGUUGGUUUACUGGACGAAGAAGAGACGGGUGAGAUGGAACGAUUGGUGUGAAGAAGAUGGAGAUGGAGACGAGGAUUUUGCAGUGGGACCCUGA